AUGAAAUUGCGUGAUAGGGAGAUGUUCAAAAUCGGACCAAUUGGGUCAGAUUUUUAUCCUCAUAAGAGUUGGGACGAGAAGGGACUAAAUUCCGAUGAGUAUGUGACCGGGUUGAGUGUAAUCGAUUGCCUUGGGAUCACGGGUUUGAAUAUCCACACUAAUCAGAGAAAACACGGGCCGUUUUGUGAUCGUUAUUCAUCAUCCAUACAUAUGGAAAAACAUAAGAGGGAAAUUGAUGUGAAGAUACGUGAUCGUCGUGAGUUUGGUGGCUUCUUUGGGUCUUUUCAUGAAUUUCAGAGUCUGAAAUCCAUUGGAAUUUAUGUUAAUCCCAUGUACGAUAACAAGCUAACUUUCAAUCAAGCAUGGGAUCCUCAAUAUACAUCCGCCCUCCAUUACCAAAUCCCGACGAUCGUGGAUGGUAUUCCUGUUAAGCACAUCCGUUAUAAGACCAAACUCAAAGACCGGAUACUUUCCAAGUUACGUUCGAUUUCAAAAGAGCUAUUUUGUGCCUCGUAA